UUGCCUGAUGCUUGUGGCCGUUUGACUUCACAAGUUCUAAACCUAAGCCAGCCAGGCUCUGAAAAGGAGUCUUCAUUAUAUUUCUCUCAUUCUCUCUCGAAUUAAACCUAGAGUUGAACUCAUGGAUCCUCAACCUGAGCCAGUCAGCUACAUCUGUGGAGAUUGUGGCAUGGAGAACACCUUGAAGCCAGGAGAUGUCAUUCAGUGCAGAGAGUGCGGUUACCGUAUUCUCUACAAGAAACGCACUCGCCGAAUUAUUCAGUAUGAGGCACGCUAAAAGCAGGACAAGAUGCAGAGUUUGCAUACGGGGCUUUGUAACAAGAUGCAGACUUUGUAUACAGAGCUUUGUAUUGAAGCAUGCUUUGUCUGAGUGCAGCUAGCAGUUAUAUCUGGGUUUCUGUAAUUUUUAAGAGAUUUAUGUUGAAACUAUCAAUAUGACUGGUUGGUAUAAUUCUCUAUUCUAUAACUAAAAGAGCCAGUGUUGGAUAAUGCAAUUUUGUGUGUGUGGCAUCUCUGAACAAUUAAUGGAUUAAAAUUUACAA